CGCUCGCUCUCUCUCAUAAAAUAAUAUCUCUCCUCUCUUUCUUUCUGUGUAGCCCGAUAAUAUUUCGACACCUGUGUUGCUCACUCUCUUUUGUGUCUCCUCCUCUGUCUUCUUACCUAGAUUUUGAGACGAGGAGAUUCUCAGUUUCCAAGGGGUUUCUUUGCUCACAUAACUUCUCCCUCUCCGUCUUUCAGAUCCAUCAGAAAGGUGUUCUUGCUCUUGCUCACUCUCGAAGAUGGACAGAGCAGACACGUGGGGGUUUGUCAGUGGUGGGAGAUGUUUAUAUCUCAAGUUGCUUUUAUGAUUAUAGCUUACAAGAGGUGUUCGUAUAAGUACUAAGCGUAUUCUGUUUCCUUCCGUCUUCUUCAUAUGGAUUUGAACGAGAGUGGCCUUCACUUUUCUCUUGCCAACGGUAUUGCAAAGCUCGACAGUUUCGGUGACACUGCUCUCAGCUUGAAAUGCCUUGGAAGCACUCACAGCUACAACCAUAAGCUCUGUUCUGAUGUUUCUAGCUGUCCUGAUGGUGGUUGCGGACUGGUUCUCGGCUUAGGUCCAACACCGCCCUCUUACUAUUACAGUGUCAACAAAGUCUCAGCUUCUUCUGGGACUUUUCAAGAACUCUCAUCAGGAGGUAACUCGAUUCUGCAGCUCGGUCCUCCCGCUGUCACCAACAUGGACACUUUCAGCGGCCUUGAUUGUUCGUUGUUGACAUAUACAGAGACUGAUGUCUCCCAAGCCGAUGAGGGUUCUACCUCUGCUAAGCGAUCAGGUGGCUAUAUGCCAUCGCUUCUUUUCUCUCCAAGCGUUCAAAAACCUUCAAGAAUGCAAGAGUAUAGUCCACAGCUGAGCCAUAACGAGUCAGAGUUCUCUUUAGGCGUUUCUUUCUCCGACAGGACGGUAUCUGCAACAACAUCUUCUCAGCACAGGACGACCAACCCUAAGAAGUGCAAGUUCAUGGGAUGUACCAAGGGAGCUAGAGGAGCAUCGGGGCUCUGCAUUGGCCACGGAGGUGGGCAGAGAUGUCAAAAGCCAGGCUGCAACAAAGGCGCUGAGAGCAAAACCACUUUCUGCAAAGCUCACGGCGGAGGAAAGAGAUGCCAGCACUUGGGAUGCACGAAGAGCGCUGAAGGGAAAACAGACUUCUGUAUAUCUCACGGCGGUGGAAGACGCUGUGGGUUCCCUGAGGGGUGCGGUAAAGCCGCACGUGGCAAAUCAGGGCUCUGCAUCAAACACGGUGGUGGUAAAAGGUGUAGGAUCGAAGGGUGUACAAGAAGUGCUGAGGGACAAGCUGGGCUUUGUAUUUCACAUGGUGGUGGGAGGCGUUGUCAGGCGUUAGAGUGUACAAAAGGUGCUCAAGGGAGUACAAACUACUGCAAAGCUCACGGCGGUGGGAAACGCUGCAUAUUUGCGGGAUGUACUAAAGGAGCGGAAGGUAGUACUCCGCUCUGUAAAGCUCACGGUGGAGGGAAACGUUGUAUGUUUGAUGGAGGUGGGAUCUGUCCUAAGAGUGUGCAUGGUGGGACGAGUUUCUGCGUAGCUCAUGGUGGUGGGAAGAGAUGUGUUGUGGCAGGGUGUACGAAGAGCGCUCGUGGGAGGACUGAUUGUUGUGUGAAGCAUGGUGGUGGGAAACGGUGCAAGUCUAUUGGGUGUGAGAAGAGUGCGCAAGGUAGCACUGACUUCUGCAAGGCGCAUGGUGGAGGUAAACGGUGUUCUUGGGGAGGAGAGUGGAAAUGCGAGAAGUUUGCUAGAGGGAAGAGUGGUUUAUGCGCUGCGCAUAACAGUAUGGCUCAGGAGAAAGGUGGAAGCCAGAUUGGUUUGAUUGGUCCUGGACUUUUCCGUGGCCUUGUCUCUACCUCUUCCCAAACUACUACUACUACUACAACUGAUCAUUCUCAGUCUGGAGUCAGUGUGGUGUCUGACUGCACGGACUCCAUUGAUCGUUCAAACCAGAUGCAGUAUCAUCACGAGAAAAGACAGAAGGUGAUGAUACCAAUGCAGGUUCUUGUGCCUCCAUCGAUGAAAUCUUUAAGCUUCACAGACGCUGAGGAGCCAGAAAGGGAAACAAACAACAACAGUAGGAGCAGCAACGGGAGGAACAUCUUUGACUUUAUGAUUCCGGAGGAGAGAGUUCAUGGCGGUGGGCUAAUGUCUCUGCUUAAUGGCAGCAUGAAACAGACACUCCGUUGAUGGGACUUGAAAGCUUUCUCUACUGCUGAGUUUGUGUGAGAGGGAUAGCUCAUCAGCAAAAAAGCUAAAGAAUCUGUGUAAAGCUUUAUGCAAUAUGUAUAGUUUACCUUUGUCUCUUUGGUCGUUUGUAUAUUCAUGGGUCUGGUGUUUUUGUAUGGUCUUGACUCUACCAUCUAGUCGAUGGCUCGAACCCAAGUUUUCAUUAUUAAUUUGGAAUGUUGCAAUGUAGUACAAA